GAGCCUCCGGAUUGUACCUUCCUAAGGCCCCUCCUCGACUACUAAAAGCUGGACCCUGUCAUCGUCACUGACGUACUUCUUGGACCCUUCCUUCCUCAUCACUAAUAUAUACCUGCACCUUCCUCAGAUCUGAGGUAGUCACCAACCCAGCAACAACACCGACUGAACGACCCACUUAGCUCCGCACUGGCCCGCUAUCAGCAUCAUUGGCUGCACAUAGGCCUUCACAUUCAUAACAACGACAUUCUUUGCUGUGAACCAUGGCUAUCAACAAGACGAUCAUCGACGCAGGAGACAGAUCACAACUUGUUAAGAAGUACGAUGAGGUCGCAAUCGAGUACACAGGGUGGAUACUCGAUCCAAAUAAACCAGACCAGAAGGGCGUCCAAUUCGAUACGUCUAUCGGGCGCGGUGACACUGUCACAGUAAUUGGUGCCGGGCGUCUCCUCAAAGGCUGGGACAAAGGUAUCCUAGGCGACUAUAAGACUGCGGAUCCCAGUGAGGAGGUGGGGCCUAUGGCACUGAACGAGAAGGCAAGGUUCAAGCUCCCUCCAGAAUACGGCUAUGGCGUCAAUGGUUUCCCCGGGCAGGUUCCAAAGAAUGCGACACUGAUCUAGUGCGUUUCCAUUUCUUGUUCUUUCGCGGCAACAGUGAUGAAUUACUUACAUCUUCCAUUUCACAUCGUCAUGUUACUCGUUCACCUCGAAAGCCUCUUCAACACUCAUCCAGCUGACGAUCAAUAGCGAGAUGGAACUCAAAAGGAUAGGUCCACAGAGGGCGCCGUAGCAUGUUCGCCUACGUCACCGGUUAAAAGCCGCCUCUAGUCACGAAUCCCUUGGAGCUGCCACCACGGUCUCUUCUUCCAGCGAUCGCAUGCGUCCACCGCAACGUCGUAGGACAUAUAUUCCCGGGUCGGGUGUGGCUGAGAGAUCGGUUGAUAUCAGUUGAGGGCACUUUGAAGAUAUCGGCUUGGCCUCCUC